AGAAAUAGCAGCAAGUUAAAGCCUAGUUUUGCUAUUACGAUAACUUUGCCUCCUCUUCAAUCCGAAGCCCAAACCCAAUCAGAUAAAAUCAAAUCAACUGGCUCCAAUCCAAUCCCUCCCAUCUCUCUCUUUAAACCCCUUUUCGAACCCUAAACGAACGUCUUCUGGUUCUCCGGUUCAAAGCCCUAAAUCCUCAAUAGUAGAUUCUUCGUUGCCCUUCGCAAAUCUAUGGCUGAAGUUGAUCAAAGCUUCGGUGAGCAAGAUGUAGAUCAUGUACCUGAAAACUCAGAACUGCCAGAAAGCAUAGAGGUGCCUGAAAACUUAGAGGUGCCUGAAAACUUAGAAAUGACAGUAAACUCCGAAGUCCCAGAUCACCUGCACCCAGAAAUGCCAGAGGAUGAGGCCCUGUUUGAACAGAAAGAAGAGCAAGAGCAAGAACUAGAGCAAGAGCAAGAACAAGAACUCGAGCACGGGCACGAGCAUGAGCACCAUCAACAUGAUGUACCCGUCAUGGGUGAGGCUGAAAAAAAGUGGCCUGGAUGGCCUGGUGAGAGUGUUUUCCGUAUGCUGGUUCCUGCACAAAAAGUUGGUAGCAUAAUUGGACGCAAAGGGGAAUUUAUCAAAAAAAUAGUCGAGGAGACAAGAGCUCGAAUUAAAAUUCUCGAUGGCCCUCCUGGAACAGCAGAAAGAGCGGUUAUGGUAUCUGCAAAGGAAGAGCCGGAAUCUGCCCUUCCUCCUGCUGUGGAUGGUCUUUUAAGAGUUCACAAACGUAUUGUUGAUGGUUUGGAUGGUGAUCCUAAUGCUCCACCAAAUGUGGGAGUAAAAGUGUCAACUAGGCUGCUUGUUGCAGCCUCACAGGCAGGAAGCUUAAUUGGGAAACAGGGAGCAACUGUGAAAUCCAUCCAGGAAGGUUCUAAUUGUAUAGUGAGAGUUCUUGGAUCAGAAGACCUACCAGUUUUUGCUCUUCAAGAUGAUAGGGUUGUGGAAGUUGUCGGUGAACCUGCUGGCGUGCACAAAGCAAUUGAACUGAUUGCAUCUCAUCUUAAAAAAUUUUUAGUUGACCGUAGCAUAAUUCCAAUUUUCGAGAUGCAUAUGCAAAUGCCGAAUCCCUCUAUGGAGCACAUGCAAUCUCAUCAAUCUCAUCAGUCUCAUCAGUCUCAUCAAUCAUGGGGGCCUCCACCUCAAGGAGCUGUCCCAAGCAGUGGAGGUCCUGGAGGUCCUGUAUAUGGACAUACUUCUCAUCCUCAAUACAUGCCACCACCAAGACAACAUGAAAAUUACUAUCCACCUGCAGACAUGGCACCACCACCCAUGGAUAAACAGCCUCAUCAUGGUAUAUUAGCAUAUGGAAGAGAAGCUCCUAUGGGUGUACAUUCAACUUCUAAUGCUCAAACAACGCCUUCAAUGGUUACACAGAUUACACAGCAAAUGCAAAUUCCACUAUCUUAUGCUGAUGCUGUGAUAGGAACUUCUGGUGCAAGUAUAAGCUAUAUUAGACGAGCCAGUGGAGCUACUGUUACAAUUCAAGAGACUAGGGGUAAUCCUACAGAAAUGACAGUUGAAAUUAGUGGAAGUGCUUCUCAAGUCCAAGCUGCUCAGCAACUGAUACAGAAUUUCAUGGUUGAAGCUGCUAAUAAUGCUGGAUCAGCACAAACUCAAGCUGCUGGCUCCACGGAUCAAGGCUAUAAUUCUUAUGCUGCUCAUGGUUCUGUGUAUGCAUCUCCUCCAUCGAACUCAGCACACGCAGGCCAUGCUGGAGGCUAUGGCUCGGUCUAUGGAACAAACUACGGUUACUAAAUAAAUAGGGCAGAUUGAUAUGGUUUGCUAUUUGAUGAAACUAUAUCAAUAGCAAUUAUUGAGAACAUGGUAUAACUACCAAAUAGUUUUUAUUUAAUCUUUUUUCUCUUAAUGACAGUUGUAAUUUUGUACUCGGCAUUGUCAUGCUGGUAGAACUAGUAAAUGUUAGAUUUUAUGGCGUGCAUUAGGUUAAACUAGACAGUUGGGUCAUGUCCAUUUUGCUACGACUUUUCUUCAAACUCUUUGCAUCAACGUAUUAUAAGAUUGAGAGUGAUGGGAGCCAAAAUUUAGCUCUAAUGGAAAGUUGGUUAAUCUAA